AUGGCGCACGACAAUCUGAGCACCGAAGAGAUCGAAAGAGCAUCCCAGCUUCGAAGUGCACAAGACAAGGCCGUUGCUCUCUUCGAGGAGAUCGAGCGCGAUUUGAUCCGACCGGGAAUCGCCGAAAAGACUCUAAAUGCAGAAAUCUACCAACUAGGACUCGAUCGCUAUGGCAUCAAGACCCACUGGCACAAACGAGUCAUCCGCAGUGGACCAAACACCUUGAGCCCGUUCAGUGAUAACCCUCCAGAUCGUGUCAUUCAGCCUGAUGAUAUCCUUGUGGUUGACCUGGGGCCGGUCUUUGAAGCCUGGGAAGCCGACUUUGGGCGCACUUUCGUCCUAGGAAAUGACCCGAAUAAGCAGAAGCUGCGGGAUGCCCUUGAGCCGAUCUGGAAUACAGUCAAGGCAAAAUACCGCGAAAACCCAGAAAUGUCGGGCGACGAGCUAUACAAUAUCUCCUGCCAGGUUGCGAAAGAAGAGGGGUGGGAUUUCGGCGCGGAUAUUGCGGGUCAUCUCGUUGGAUCGUUCCCUCAUGAACGCAUUCCGCGGGAUAGAAUCUCGCUCUAUAUCGCCAAGGGCAAUAAUGAGUCAAUGGGCCUGUCAGGCCGUGACGGGUUCAAGCGUCAUUGGAUUCUGGAGAUUCAUCUUCAUGAUCGGGCGCGCGGGUUUGGUGGCUUCUACGAGCAGCUUUUAACGGUCGAUUAG